CCAGGUGUUCGGUGCUCCAUACGUUCUACAAAGUCGUGCUUCUGACGUCCGCUCCAAAACCAAUUCUCUCCGUCGCUCCAAACAUAAUACCGACGGUAACCACAAUGACUACUGCUACAGAGACUACGAAAGUCGUCCCCCUCACCUGCCAUGGGCACUCGCGCCCAAUCACUCAUUUGAGCUUCUCCUCCACAGUUGACGACGAUCAAUUCUACCUUGUCUCGGCCUGCAAGGACAACAAUCCCAUGCUCCGCGAUGGCAUAACCGGUGACUGGAUUGGCACCUUUAUCGGGCACAAGGGCGCCGUAUGGCAAACGCGCCUCUCUUCCGACGCAACUCUAGCAGCGACCGGUUCCGCCGACUUCUCCGCGAAAGUUUGGGACACGCACACCGGCGAAGCGCUGUGCACCCUACAACACAACCAUAUCGUUCGCAGCGUGGCAUUUCCGAACCAGCCGCGCCCUCAGAUACUUGCGACGGGCGGGAUGGAGAAAAAGCUGCGUAUCUUCGAUGUUUCGCAAUCUAUCACGAGCACGAAUAACACGAAUGGAAAUGGCGCGAAUGGGUUGAACGGGGCAUCAGCGCAUGAGGCGACCCCGCCAAGUUAUGAGAUUGGACCCGGCAUACAUGGCGGGACGAUCAAGUCAAUUGUCUGGACGCAUGAUCCGAACGUACUAGUAACGGCCGCGGAUGACAAGAUGAUCCGAUGGUGGGACUUGCGGUCGCGAGGACCCAUUAGUGAAUACCAAGUCGAUGGGCUUAUCGGAAGUUGUGAGCUUAGUCCUGGAUCGUUGGACAGCCGCGAGGGUGCAGGCGUCUUGAGCGUGGCGGCUGGCAAGACUGUCUACUUUUUUGAGGGAGGGCAGCCGGGGACCUUGAUAAAGAAGCUGGAUUUAGGACAUGAAGUUGCAUGUGUGGCACUGAAUACGCAGCAGCGGAAGUUCGUCACGGGAGCAACGGGAGAUACCUGGGUUCGAGUGUGGGAUUUUGACGCGGGUACUGAGUUGGAAACUGGUAAAGGGCACCAUGGACCGAUCUGGUCGGUCAGCUUCUCUCCCGAUGGAAAGCUCUAUGCCACCGGUAGCGAAGACGGGACGAUCAAGCUCUGGAAGUUCACUACCGGACCACACGGCUUGUGGAGAUGAUAGGAAGCGGAUGAUUAUUUCGGUUGACCUGGGCUAGAAUUGUCCUCCAUAUCUGGCCAAGCGAAUGACUGGCGGAAAGACUAUAGGACAGUAAAGAGAAGUAUCAUAACGCGCCCUCGACAGCGAGAUCCCAGGGAAAGGUCACCGA